AGGUAUUUAAACCAUUUAAAUAGAAUCUAAAUGCUAAUGGGGAAAAUCCAAACAUCACUGAUCCAUACAUUUAUUUAUUUAUAUUUGUUAGUGCUUGUUUACUCGUGUGUUACCUAUAUUUUUUGGAUUUCAAGUUAGAGACCAAAAUGGCGACCAAAGGAAAGGAGAAAUUUGAACUUGUAGUGGCACUGGAUAUAGGAACAACAUACUCCGGCUAUGCAUAUUCAACAGUUGAAGAUUUCAAGACAAAUCCACUGAAUAUUCAAUACAUACAGUCAUGGAAUGCUGGAAGGAAAAGAAUGGUGUCACACAAAACUCCAACGUGUCUUAUGCUGAACAAAAAUGAAAAACUUGUUGCCUUUGGAUACGAAGCAGAGGCUGCCUAUGCCAAACGUAUUGCGGAUGAGGGUCACAAGAAUUCGUAUUACUUCCAUCGUUUCAAAAUGAAACUCUGCAAGAGAGAGGCUAUAACUAAAAACAUGUCAAUGAAAGAUGUAACAGGAAAGACUGCCAGGGCAUUAGAUGUGUUUUCUUUGUCCAUCCGGGCACUAAUCGAUCACUUUCUGAAACAAGUGGAUGUACCUCUGUCCAAAAUACGCUGGGUUAUAACUGUCCCUGCAAGCUGGUCAGACAUAGCUAAACAGUUCAUGGCGGGAAGCGCAAUGAUGGCAGGAAUUCCAGAGGAACAACUAAUCAUAGCGUUAGAAUCAGAGGCUGCAGCCAUAUAUUGUGAAAAUCUGAAUUCAGAAAAACGUAAAGGAUCAGAUCAUAGAUAUUCUAUUAAAAACGACGGAAGUAAAUUUAUGAUGGUGGAUAUUGGUGGAGGCACAACUGACAUUACAGUUUUAGAAAAAUUAGCAGAUAACAAAAUGAAACAGCUUUGCUCAUCGACCGGUGGGAUAUUUGGUGGCAUGUCCGUUGAUGAAGAAUAUAUUGAAAUGAUAGAAAAUAUCAUCAUGGGAGCAGUGAUGCGGAAAUUAAAAUCUGAUUACCCACAGUCAUAUCUCGAAAUGUUAAGUAGCUUUGAAUAUCUAAAGCAAAAUAUAGAUUCCAGCCUAGCAGGACAGAUCUGUGUUAACAUACCAUAUGAUGUGAUUAGUUCCCUUUGUAAAAGUCAAGCGGGCGAGACAUUUGAGUCAUUGUUAGAAUCGUCAGAGUACAGUGGACGAGUAUCAUUGGAAAAGGGCAAACUUAAAAUAGACGCUGGUCUUUUAAGGUCAUUCUUUAAUAAGCCUAUUGCGGAAAUGAUUACAUUGAUGAAAGAAUGUUUCAAAAAAUGCGAACCUGAGAGAGUACGAAUAAUUCUUGUCGUAGGUGGAUUUUCGCAGUGUCCAUUCCUACGUGAGGCCCUCAAGACAGCUUUCCCAAGAAAGCUUAUCAAAUUUCCGCAUGAACCCAAUCUUGCUGUCCUGAAAGGAGCAGUCUUGUUCGGCCAUGAACCCAGUUUUAUUGCGUCAAGGGUUGUUCGAUAUACGUAUGGUGUAGAAGUGUCUAAGGAUUACGACCCAAGACUUCAUUCCUCAGACAGACGAGUCAUUGUAGAUGGAGAGGCUUUGUGUCGAGGCGCAUUCGAUACAUUUAUGGCGGCGGAAACUUCAGUUCCCAUUGGAACAGCUAUUACAGAAACAUACACUACAACCGAAAAAAAUCAAAAGUCGCAUUAUCUGCCAAUUUACAUUUCAACAAGUAAAAAUCCCAGAUACACAGACGAUGAUGAGUCGUCUUACUUGGGUACUAUUAAAGUGCCAAUACCAAAUCCUAGUGAAAUGUACCGAGAUGUCAAGGUCAACUUUUAUUUUGGAUUUACAGAACUUGAAGUUGAAGCCAUAGACGUAGAAACAAAUGAAAAAUGUGAAGUAAAAUUUGAUCUUUUGUAAACGAGUAUUCACGUACGUGUAUAUGCAUUUAAUUUGUUUCGGUUUACACGCGUAGUUUGUUUGAAUGAGAAGUUCACAGUCAAGCGAAAAGUGUUAGGAACAGAUUAUCAAGAUGAAUUUCUGUGAGAGACUACAUUGUCUUUAAGAUAAAAAAUGUACAAGUGUUUUGUACCAAGUGUGUUGGCGAUUUUUAAUAAAAGGUAACUUAUUCUUAGCAUGACUUUUUGUUUGAAUGAGUAGUCCUUGUUGUAUAACACUAAACCAGACCCUUUGU